CUCGGGACGCUCAUAUAUGUCUCCGUACUGCUCAUCAACUCGAUAGCCGUUCUCAGCGAAGAGCGCUUCCUUGCCCGGAUUGGCUGGUCCACUGUGCAACAGCCUCCGGUAGCAGCAGGUUACGCCCAAGGUUAUGACCAGCCAGGUCUUGCUGGCCAACAGGAUAUCGGCGUCAAAGGGCGCCUCAUCAAUCUCAUAAGCGCAGUUCGGACACUGUUACGA